CCCUCUGGACCUCGAGUCGUAGAGUUUGGCGAUGGGAGUAAGGAGGAAGGGUGAUGUAAUAGAACUCAAAUUUGUCAGGAGACUUGGUCUUGAGUCCCAGCUCCACGCUAAGUUCUAGUUUCCCCAAAUCUACAUUUUGAUAAAAGGCUAAGUGGCCUGUGGGGUUCCUUCCAGCUCUGACAUCCUGAGAAUCUCUGAGUAGUUGGACUAGGUCAAUCUCUUAGGGAAUUUAGUCCCUUCGUUGGCCCUGUUGAGACAGAAGUGCCAAGAAUGCAAAUACACCGCCAUGGUGUUCAAACAAUAUGGAGCACAAGAGGGAUGAACCAGGCAGAGGAGGGGUGGUGAAGGUCAUGUGUGGAGGAUGUACAUCUCACCAUUCCUACCUUAGAUGGAAUUGGACAGAGUCCUGAACUUGUUUAGCUGAAUCUUUCAAAUCACACAACAUUUACCGAGCCCUCCUUAUGCCAGGCUCUGGGUGGGAGCCACAUGAGAAUGUUAGGAGGGACACAGACAUACACAAGUAGUGACAGUAUUAGACAACUCUAGUUUAUAUUGGUUUUGUUGCAUUUUCUGAAGUACAGAAAUUGUUUUAUGGUCAGAUCUAUCAGUUUCCUGGUAUGCCAUUAGCCUUUGUUUUAUGCUUAGGGCUUAGGCCUUUCCCUAAGAGUGAAUAGUCCCUGUUACUUAUUUUCUUUUCUUUUUUUUUCUUUCUUUCUUCCUUUUAACUUUCACAUUUUACUCACCUGGUUCUCUGGAAUUUAUUUUCAAGUGUUGCCUCUUAUUCGUCACUCUAUUGCAGUGAAUCAGUAACCAAGCACCAUGUGACCACUGCUCAGAGGGACCUGAACAGGAAGAUUAUCCUGGCAAAUUGAAGGAAUACAACCUCCCUAGAUGGUGCAACUGGGAAUGAGGAGGUAUUGAUCCCAAAGGGUUAUUCCUGAAAUAAAUCAGAAUUUCAUGCAUUCCAGAGAAUUCCACAGAGAUAUUGCUAAGGAAGUCAAAAUUUAGAAAGCUCCACUGAACAGGAAGAGAAGACUCGGAAGGCCAUCGGGAUGCUCUAAGCAAGAGAAAAUGAGGAGAAACACGAGAAGCUUCAAACACAAGGCAGUUAAAGACAAUAAGAUACUUCUAGAAGUGAAUGACCAAGAAUCUGAAAAAGAUGGUAGUCAGUGCUCUGAGCCUGCAACAACCAACAGAAUUAAGGCCGAAAAGAGACAGUAUGUAUGUACUGAGUGUGGGAGAGCCUUUAGUCAGAGUGCAAACCUUACAGUGCAUGGGCGAAUUCACACAGGAGAGAAACCCUUUAAGUGUAAGGAAUGUGGAAAAGCCUUCAGUCACAGCUCCAACCUUGUCGUCCAUCGGCGAAUCCACACUGGACUGAAGCCCUACACGUGCAGUGAAUGCGGGAAAUCUUUCAGUGGUAAGUCCCACCUCAUUCGCCACCAGGGAAUCCACAGCGGGGAAAAGACUUAUGAAUGUAAGGAGUGUGGGAAAGCUUUUAGUCAGAGUUCAGGUCUCAUUUCACAUCACAGAGUACACACUGGGGAGAAGCCCUACACGUGUAUCCAGUGCGGGAAAGCCUUUAGCCGGAGCUCAAACCUUACCCAACAUGAGAGAAUGCACAAAGGGAAAAAAGUCUACAAAUGUAAGGAGUGUGGGAAAACAUGUGUGUCUGAUACAAAGAUCAUGGACCAUCAGAGAAUUCACACAGGGGAGAAGUCUUAUGAAUGUGAUGAGUGUGGAAAAGCUUUCAUCUUAAAAAAGACCCUUCAUGAACAUCAGAGACUUCAUCGAAGAGAGAAACCUUACAAGUGUAAGGAGUGUGGGAAAGCUUUUACUUCUAACCGAAACCUGAUUGAUCACCAGAGAGUUCACACGGGAGAGAAACCCUAUAAAUGUAAUGAAUGUGGGAAAACAUUCAGGCAGACUUCUCAAGUUAUUCUACAUUUGAGAACCCACACUAAGGAGAAACCUUAUAAAUGCAGUGAGUGUGGGAAAGCCUAUCGUUAUAGCUCACAACUUAUUCAACACCAGAGAAAACAUACUGAGGAGACAGAGACCUCAUAAGUAACAUAUAUUGUUGGUAGGAGGACUAAUUGCUACUUCUCAGAAAAGUUUUUCAGUAUCAUCAACCUUAACUCUAUUUCUGAGAAUCCAUAAAAGGAAAGUAGUCAGAAAUAGAAACGGAUUAGCAGUAGAGAAAUUCAUACCAGCAAGGUAUAUAAUUGAAGGGAGAAAACUAGUGGGUUUUUUUUAAUGGUUACAGGGUUUAAAUGAAUGAUACAGUCUAUCCAUAGAGUGGUUUUGCAGCCAUUGUAAAGAUUUGUGAAAGAAUAUUUAAUGCCAUGGGGGAAAUGAUUUGGAUAAAGUGGAAGAUAAAAGAAAAAAAACAAUGAAAUAUGAUCUAAAUUAUAAGCAAAACAAAACACAUCUAUGCAUAGGGGAAAAGUGGAAAUUAAUGCCAAACUAAAAUCUUAACAGUGAUUAUCUCUGGGUGAUAGGCUUAGAAAUGAUUUCUAUUUUCUUCUUUAUACUUUACUGUAUUUUUUAGAUUUUCUACAGUGAGAAUGUACUAGUUUUAUAUUUAGGGGAAAGUAUGGUAUUUUAAAAAUGCGAUUAGUACUUGCCCAUUUUCACUAAAUAGUGUUAGGCAAGGUGCAUGGAACAUAGACUCUAAAAUCCACACACUGCCAUGUGGUAGCAGUGCAACCAUGAGCAAGCCACUUCCUUUCAGAGCCUUUUUCCUGUUCAGUAAAAGCAUAAACACCAGUCCUUGGCCUUUUUUCAGCUUUACGACAAGCUGACUUUAUAGUUGUUAAUAAAAUGUAUAUCCAUUUACACAGUUAGGUUAUUAGAACGCAGCAAACAUUUACUAUAUCCUCCCCUCUCACAGUUGUAGAUGGAUCAACAGAUAACAGAUCUGCCAAGGCUCCAUCUGCUCAACAUGUCUACAAAACCAGCAAGACAUGUCCUUACGAAACUGAAACAAUUGCAGGUCCAAAAGCUUUCAAGAGAUAGCGUAAUCAUCCGAGCAGGGGAAGAUGCAUUCACAUGUUAUGUAGAGUUUAGUAGCUAACAGUGUAGACUUUGGCAUUGGAGACACGUGUUCUGUUGCCAAAUUGACACACUAGCUUGGCUUCAGAUGUAUCUGUAAGAAGGGACUGACUGCCUGCCUCACAGGGUUGUCGUAUUCAAUGAGAGAAUAAUGCAUGUAAGUGUGACCAGCUCGGCAUGUGGUAAAUGAUGAUUGCUUAAGUAUAGGACGUUGGAGCAGUGUUUCAGGUGUAAAACACUUAGCAAGAGAGUUCCAGAAGAGUUUUCCCCAGGGUGGCAUUUAGGAUAUUUUCAGGUGUAAAGAGCCUUUGACUGGAAUUGAAUCUGGGAUCUUUUGAUCUGCAGGCUGACGCUCUAUCCACUGAGCCAAACCGGCUAGGGGUGGCUUUUCAUAAGAUCGUGUCUUACAGAUAAUUUUAUUAUAGAAUAGUCCCUCCUUGCAUAAUUACUCAAAGCAAAGUUUGGAGGGUCUGGAACAGAUUGCUGCAUUCAGGGGAUGGGACAGAAUCCUUGGGAAUAUGAAGAGGCAUUAUUUUUAGCCACAGGCAUCUUGGUUGUGUAGAAUUGUUCUUGUGUGGAAUAGAAAUAUAUAUGUUUCUUUUUUUUUAGAGAGAGGAAGGGAGAGGGAUAGAGAGAUAGAAACAUCAAUGAGAGAGAAAUACUGAUUGGCUGCUUCCUGCACUCCCCUCUGACUGGGGAUUAAGCCCAGAACCCAAGCAUGUGUCCUGACCUGGAAUCGAACUUGCAACCUCCUUGUUCAUGGGUCAGUGCUCAACCACUGUACCACACUGGCCAGGCACAUAUGCUUCUUUUUGUUUGUGAGAAAAAGUGUGAAAGUCUCUUCUUUCAGGUCCUGUAUCUACGUCCUGAUUAAAGGGAAAUAUGAAAGAUUCUUGCAAAGAGAGGGGAGUGUCUCCCUAGGCUUAGAGAUACUUUUCACUGAUGGUGUGUACUGUGUCAGGUCUCACUUGGAACUGAGAAGAAAACUGAAAC